GCCGCUCCUUCUAUUCACACAUCCGUCUGCCGCUGUUCGAUACUACGUACGCUCUUCGUUUCGUUUCAUGCGUGUGGAGAACGAAGUCUAUGGGCCGUAGCGCAUAGCAAGCAAUAACUUACCAUCCUCUCUAUUGCUGCAAUCGACCGAAUUGACCGAGCUUCGAUAUCACUCAAUACCAUUUGUUUAACCCGUUACCUUGGGAAAUCCGAAACAGCAAUGUCAUCUGUCCUGCCCACGUCUCUGACGAGGGGCCCAUUCGUCCCACCUUCCAAAUCUCGCCAGAUGGUUAUCCUCAGCAUCAUUUUAGCCGCCUUGUUAUCCCGCUCAACUGUCGUCAGCACACCCCGCUUGGCCGUCCAAGAAUGGUAUUCUGAACGAGUCAGAGUCAGAAACGACCGGAAAAGAAGAGAAGCUGAAACGCCUCUCAAUACGCCUGCUCUGGAGAAGAAGCUGGUUGACCUCUAUAUCCGUGAUCCCUCGUCAGACUCUCGAACACUGCUGGUCCCGCAUAUGGGAAAAAUUUCCAAGGUCCGAAUCACACCCACUUCCUCCGAGCUAUAUAAGGAGCAUCUUUCUCUGUUUCCUCGGAUGACAGGUUCCGAAAAGCUGGGGGUGAACAAGGAAUUUUGGAGGAUGCUAAAGGCCGUACUCAAAGUCACAUUUCCUAGUAAGAGGGGAAAAGAAGUGUUUCUACUGUUGCUCCAUUCCUUCUUCUUAGUUUCAAGGACAGUAUUGAGUGUAAUGGUCGCUAGACUGGACGGGAAAAUCGUCCGUGACCUGGUGUCAGCUAAUGCUGUCGGGUUUUUAAGGGGGUUAGGAUGGUGGUUUAUCCUUGCUGUGCCCAGCACCUAUACCAACGCCAUGAUCCGAUACCUUGAGAGAAAACUCGCGCUAGCAUUCCGGACCAAUUUGACCCGUUACAUCCAUGAUCUCUAUCUCAAUGACAACCUUAACUAUUACAAAUUCGGCUCAGGGGUGGGUGGACAGGUGGCUAUGGGGGAAGGGAGAGAAAAGAAGCAUGGAGGAUUCGGCGGCUCGAGUGAAGCUGCCGCUGGAACGGCCGACCAGUUCAUCACCACUGAUGUGGCACGAUUCUGUGACUCUUUAGCUGCUCUCUAUGGUAACAUGGGUAAACCAGCUUUGGACCUCUUGAUAUUUACUUCUCAGCUCUCUUCUUCGCUGGGACCUCUUGGGACAAUCGGCCUCUUUGCCAAUUAUGGGCUCACAGCUUACAUCCUUCGAAAGGCAACCCCUGCCUUUGGUCGAAUGGCCGCGACUACCGCCCGCCUGGAGGGUAAUUAUCGGGCUGGCCUGUCAAGAGUGGGUCGAGAUGCCGAGGAAGUUGCAUUCUACAAUGGUGGCAAGAGGGAAAGGGGUAUUUUGGAAGGGAUGUACAGGAAGCUAAAAGAACAUGUCCAAGCAGUUCAUAAAGCUAGAAUCCCGUAUGGGAUGAUAGAAGACUUUGUCAUCAAAUAUCUGUGGUCAGCCGCUGGAUACGGCCUUAUGUCUAUACCGAUUUUCUUCCCUGUUGCCACAACGGCCCUCGGACCUACGAAUCAUAGAGUGAACCACGAGAUUGCCGAACGCACGGAGGGUUAUGUGUCUAACCGACGCUUGUUGCUAUCCCUCGCCGACGCCGGAGGAAGGUUGAUGUACUCUGGCAAAGACUUGGCAGAACUUUCUGGGUAUACGAGUCGUGUAUAUUCUCUAAUUUCUGCUCUACAUAGCUUGGAUAAUGGCAUUUAUCCCGAACACCCCCGCCCGAGUUCAUUAUCACCAAACGAUACAUUCUAUGAUAUGGCGAACAUUCAGGGCCAAGUAUCUAUCGGCCCCAACCAUCUGUUACUAAGGGGUGUGCCCAUUGUUGCUCCACCGGAAGGUUCAGGGGCUGAAAGAGGAGGGGAAGAGCUGAUCAAGAGCUUGGAUUUGAGGGUAGAGAAAGGUGAUCAUACACUCAUCACGGGGCCCAAUGGUGUAGGAAAGACAUCUGUGGCCAGGAUCAUAGCGCAACUCUGGCCAGUGUGGAAAGGCCUUUUAGAAAGACCCAGACACGGUGAAGGAGGUAUAUUCUUCCUGCCUCAGCGUCCUUACCUGUCAAUUGGAAGCCUUCGAGAUCAGGUCAUCUAUCCACAUACCUAUGCGGAGAUGAAAUCUCGCGGAAGGACAGAUACAGAAUUGAUGAUGAUCCUUGAAGCUGUUCACCUGGAGUAUCUUCCGGGGCGAGAGGGCGGUUGGGAAACAAGGAAAGAAUGGAAGGACGUCCUGUCAGGAGGUGAAAAGCAGCGUAUGGGCAUGGCGCGUCUUUUCUAUCACCGACCGCAAUUUGCUGUUUUGGAUGAAUGCACUUCAGCUGUAUCCAGCGAUGUUGAAGGACUCAUGUACGAACAUGCAAAGGCUCUAGGUAUAACUCUUGUAACUAUCUCGCAUCGGCCGUCGUUAUUGAAAUAUCACAACCGCCAUUUGCGUCUCGGGGAUCCAUCUCAACCUGUCCCAAGCGCACCGUCCCGUGCGCAAUCGACAUACUCUCUCACAGCUUUCCAAACCCCUUCACAAUCUGAUGCUCCUCAUCAAAAGAUGCCUGCAACGCCUCUCGCAUCUCAAGGCUGGCAACUGACCACCCUUUCUUCAAGUAGUGCGGAGGAAAAGUUGGAGCUGGAUAAAGAAAUUGAGGCGUUGGAGAUGACGUUGAAUGAAGAAGUCGAAAAAUGGGAAAAGAGAUUGCGAGAAAUCACCAAAGAGUUGAAAUCUGGCGAACAUGUAGAUAGGAGACAAGUAUGAGGCUUCUCAUUUGUGUCAUCAUCAUUCGUUGUAGAUACGUGUAUAUUACAGAUCAUGCAAGU